GUUAACAAAAUUUCGCUCCGUUUUGUGCACAGAGUUUCGUAAUCCCCGGGCUCUCGGGGCAGGGAGGAGGGUCUCGUUAUCGCAGACGCGCAACUACUCUACUGUCAUCAUGUCUGUAGGGUUCGUCUGUAGGGCCAACACCACAAAUAUGAAGCACGAUCACCAUGGUUCACAUGGCAGAUAAUGAGUAUGAUAGGGAAGUAGUACUAGAGUACGUAGUACAGUAGAACUACCUCCAUGCAUGUAGCGUACCUCUAAGGCUAGGAGUAGAAUUUCAAUAAGGUUUAUCGCGAUUCAGAACCGCAAUGCGUUGUGGGUAAUAAGAUGGGGCAGUUUGCUAUGCAGUGUAUGCUGUCAUCGACAUGUCUGGACUGUAAGCAUGAUCUGAUGAAUGUGAUGGCAAUACUCAACCUUCAAACUUCAAGAUUAAACUCUAAUUGAAUUAGAUAAGGCCUUGCCCUUGGAUGUGUGCUCUUUCUUACCAACUAUGGCUGUUUGUGUUAGAAUCAGUGCAUUGUUAAAUGUAUGUCCAUCAUUGAACACAAGAAGUGCUCAGUAUCUUAGACCAAUAUGUGCCCAGGAGACAAGAAGGCUUCAAAAGCCUAUUGAACUAAACGUUUCUGAGCAAAGGAGAACAUUUGCAAGCAGAGUGAUUAUUGAGGAAACACUCGGCAAACAAAUUCUUCGGCAGAUUCGUAGUCUCUUGAGAAGACCCAAGAUGAAGGUCCCACCCUAUGAUCACAUCUGCCAAGUUGGUGACCCGAUACUCCGGGGUCAAAGUUCACCCGUCGACCCUCGGCAGAUCAAAUCAGCAGAGAUACAGAACGUUAUUAGGACGAUGGUGAAACAGAUGAGGAAGGUUAGAGCUGUCGGUUGUGCCGCGCCCCAGGUGGGCGUCGCCAAACAAAUCAUCGUUAUGGAAUUAACGAAGAGACACUUGAAGUGGUUUGACGAGGAGGUUCUAAAAGCACAAGAAUGUAAAGUCUUCCCUCUGAAGGUGUUCAUCAAUCCGAAAGUCAAGGUCGUUGACCCACGUGUCGUGACCUUUUUAGAAGGCUGUAUGAGCCUUUGCGGAUAUGAUGCUUGUGUACCUCGGGCCUAUGGUGUUCAAAUAACAGGUUUGAAUGAGAAAGGGGAAGAGGUUUCGUGGCGAACUACUGGCUAUGCCGCUAGAAUCAUCCAACACGAAGUAGACCAUCUACGCGGAAAACUCUUUAUUGACACGAUGGACCCUCUUACUUUCCUGGACAAGGAAUGGCCAAAGUGGAAUAUAAAAUGAUCAUAAUACUUUUCUGUUUCGAUUUUUAUGAAAAGAUAAUAAUAAAUUAGAAAUGUUGAUGUUUCGAGAGAUA